AUGAAUGUGACUGCAACCACGCCAUCAUCAUCAUCAUCAUCAUCGUCAUCCUCAGACACCUUGCCCAAAGAGCCUAUUGCUGCGGGACCCACCACCGCCUCUGCAUUGAUAAAAAGAACAUUUUCUAGAACCCCCUCUUCAUGGGACCCUCAAGAUGACUUGUUGCUCCGCCAUUUGAAAGAACAACAAAAAUUGGGCUGGAAAGAAAUCUCCUCGCAUUUCUCCCAUCGAACCCCUAAUGCUUGCCAAUUCCGUUGGAGAAGAUUGAAAUCCGGAAUUUUGAAGCAUUCUACGGCAGUUAACACUUUGCCAACUCUGUCUUCACCAAUUACCAGUUCGAAACUAACAUCAUCGAGCCCAAUUGGAGGUUUAUCGGCGAUAAAAGCUACCGGCACAAGAUUUAGUGCUCUAACCAAUGGAUUGAACGAUCAAUCAAAACCCGACCUAGUGGCACUGGGAUCUACUGGCAAUGAAUCUUAUAUCCAACCACCAAACUACACUCAAUGGAGCUUCACUUCGAGCCCUGCAGCACUAACUCAGGCGGGAAAUACCUUUGUUGGUCAUAAUAACUUAUCAGGCUCUCAUUAUAAUAAUAAUAAUAAAAAUAAUACUAGUGGGCAUAAUUCUCCUACGGGGAACGAUACACUAUCAAAUAGUAUUUCCUCUUUAACAUCUCUUGAUUCUACAGCCUCGAUUGGAUCUUCCAGCUCAUUGCCUACACCUUACACGUCUUUCUCACUUCCACAGCAACAUCACCACCAAAGCCUAUAUUCCCAUCAUCACCAACAACCAUGGUAUUAUAAUUCCAGAGAAUCCCACACUGAACCUUGGACCACCCAAGAAGACGAUUUAUUGUUAUCAAAAAAGGGAAAGCAGUUAUCUUUGAUAGAGUUAAGCAUUUUAAUGCCUUACAGAUCCGAAGAGGAGAUUUCCGCAAGGAUGAAAACUUUGGAAGAGAAUAUCAAAGGAAAAGAAAAGGGGAUCGACAGGGACAAACGCAGUAGACGAAGUUCGGUUUUUAGUAACUCGACUGCUCUUCCUGAUGAUCGUGAAAGAAGAAAUAGUAUUCUUAGCUCAGUAUCUACUCCCAUUAGCAUCCCAAUCGGUCGAGAAAGUAGGUUGAACUCAAUCUCCCUGCACCAUCCUCCACACCAUGGGAGUAUUGGCCAAGGAUUUGGAAUGCCACACACUUUAUCCAGAACCCUUAGUGUUUCUCUGGAAGUUUCUCUUGUUUCCAACGCUUCUUCAAAUAUGUCAUUUAUUAAUAGCGGGAUAAACCAUGAAAAUAUUACCGGUUCAGUGAUUCUGAGCUCAGUUUCUUUUGCCCGCCAUGAGCCAUCUGUGGCAAGCUCUCCAAUCAUUGGAGCUCCUUCGCAUGCCCCUCUAUCAUCAGCUGCCAUCAAUGAAACCAUCAAAGACGACACGAAAAAUCACAAUGUUCUUUGA